AUGAAGAUAUUAUCGUUAGUAGUUAUAUUUUUGGCGUAUGAAUCUGGAGCAAGAGUCAUAGAAGAUGAUUGUAAUGGGAUAGCUGUUCACAAUAUUAUUCAUGAAAGAGAAGAAUUACUUCAUAUUAGAAAUAGCCCAUACCAACUAGCGAUUGAUUAUAACACGAAUGUUCUAUUUUUUAGUUUUAGUAAUGAAAAAGGGAGCACUCUAUUAAACUCAGCCUAUUUAAAUUUAAGGACCGGUGAAUAUUUCGUUAUCAAAGACGUUAAAAGUGGUUUCGCAAAUGCCGUAGAUCAAAAAACAAAUACCGUUUAUUUAGGAGGCAGCAAUGGUAUUUACAAAUUUAACUAUGUCACCAGAAAGUCGGAACACCUGGAUGGUACAACACAUAAUAUUUGGCAGCUAUUCUACAAAGACGAUCUAUACUAUACAACAUAUCCAGAUGAAAAUCUUUACCUUUUCAAAGAUGGAAAGUAUCAGAAAGUUCCUGAAUUAAGCGAUACCCGCGUUUUGCUAGCAGCUUUAGACAACAACAACAACAUUUACUUUUCAAAUUCAUCAGGACUGUAUGUCCAUAAGAGGAUAAAGAACUACGUCUCAUUUUUGGGAGACUAUAAUUUGAAUAGUUUUGCCUCUGACAUCAAUGGGAAUCUAUACUUUUCUACUCCCACCGGUAUUUAUUACAUUAAUGGUCAAAAUAUAGAACAUCUUGCUACAAUGGAUAAUAUCUAUGGAAUGGCUAUAGAAAAUGAUGGUAGUAUUCUUAUAGCUGAUUACGAAAAUAUCUUUAGAUUAAAACCAUCUAAAAAACAAUGCUAA